GGGAGGGCGGGGGGUUUCUGUCCUCGGGUCUUCGACCCCGGCCCCGGCCCCGGCCCCCUCCCCUCGCGGGCUGGCGGGCUGAGGCGGCCGCCGCUGCCGCACUCCGUGAGGGGCCUCGCGCAGCGGACGGGGCUUCGGGCUGUGCUGUGGCAGGGCUUGUCGCAGCCCUUCAUCCAGUGCUUGUUGCCUCCUGCUCCAACCCCUUACCCAGGGUUUGUCCCAGUCCCUCAGGCUUAUUACACUCUCUUAGGUUUGUCCCAGCACCUCUGCCAGAGCUUGUCACUUCCCGCCCCAGUCCCUGCUUGUCGCCUCCUGCGGUCCCUCUCGGUGUCCCGAGGUUCGGCGGCCCUGGAGCCCCUGGGAAGCCUUUGGGAAUGGUUGUGCUGUGUCUGGGCCCUGGCGCUGCUGCUCCUCGAUAUUGGUAUUAACCUGACAGAUCCUAUGUUCAGAGGAAUCUACAGGGGAACACAGAAACAUCAAGAUGACCUUCUGGAUGUAAUAGAGAGAGCAGUCAAAGUUGGCAUUAAAAAGUUUUUGAUUACAGGUGGGAGUCUAGAAGAUAGUAAAGAUGCAUUGCAGCUGGCACAGACAAAUGACAUGUUUUUCAGUACAGUUGGCUGUCAUCCUACUCGCUGUGGAGAGUUUGAGCAGAGUAGCCCUGAACAGUAUUUAUCUGAAUUAAAAAAUCUGAUUGAAAAAAAUAGGACAAAGGUAAUAGCAGUUGGAGAAUGUGGCUUAGAUUUCGAUAGAUUAGAAUUUUGCCCAAAGGACAUCCAACUCAAGUAUUUUGAAAAACAAUUUGACUUAUCAGAACAGAUGCAGCUGCCCAUGUUUCUGCACUGUAGAAAUGCACAUGCUGAAUUUUUAGACAUAAUGAGAAGAAACAGAGAUAGAGUUGUAGGAGGGGUGGUACAUUCUUUUGAUGGCACAAAGGAACAAGCAGCAGCUCUAAUAGAUUUGGAUCUUUAUAUCGGAAUAAAUGGCUGUUCACUGAAAACAGAAGCCAACUUGGAAACACUGAAAUCAAUUCCUAGUGAACGAUUAAUGAUAGAGACUGAUGCACCUUGGUGUGGAGUGAAAAAUACUCAUGCUGGAUCAAAAUACAUGAAAACCACAUUUCCUACAAAAAAGAAAUGGGAAAAAGGGCACUGCUUGAAGGACAGAAAUGAACCCUGCCACAUAAUUCAAAUACUGGAAAUAAUGGCGGCAGUAAGAGAAGAUGACCCACUUGAGUUGGCCAAUACUCUAUAUAACAACACCAUUAAAGUCUUCUUUCCAAAUAUGUAAAGUUGUUUUUCUUACAUUUAUUCAGCAUAACUUCAGUAAAGAUAUUGCAAAAAUUUAAAAAUCAUCAUUCCUGCAAGUUCUAAUCAAUGGAAGCCAAUGUGUAGUGGGUUUGGGGUUUUUUAUGGUACAAGAUUAAAGCUGCUUUUGAAAAGGU